AACAAUGGACUUUCAAUUUUUCCUGAAUUUCUAAAUUAGACCAACCAUAAGAGGGCAAAACUGUGCAAGAAUGAGCGACAAGAGGCCAUCAUCGGCGAACGAUGCGAAAUUAAGUGAAGUUUCAUCCAAUAAGAAGCGAUUCGCGGAUUAUUUCGUGAUUGUUGGCUUAGACAGUUUUGGGCACGAAUUGGAGCUCGAAACUGGGGCUGAUUCGCAUUGUUCGCCGUUGGAGCGUUCGUACAAGGCAAAAGUGCUUGCCCAUUACCCGGAGCAGGUGUCUCACAAUCCCUUUGAUGCUGCGGGCAUUUGUAUGUUGUCAUUGCCGCAGGGGCUGUGCUUCAAGACGCAAAAACACAAACUUGACCCGAAAUUUCAUUCGUUCGCGACGACACGCGAAGACGGCAAACGUUGCCAUGGCUUCAGUCUCGUCUUCUACGAGGAAGUACGCAACACGAAUAUUUGCAGUGCGAUGCACACGUUGCAGGCGAUGUUCAUUACGGAACUUUCGAGCGGGCAAACGCCUCCCAGUUUACGACGGAUACGCGAAACGGAGGGCGGAAAUGUGAGUAAAUCGCUUCCGCGACACUUUAAGAUCGUAAAUUCGUCGCAAUCGGCCCAAAGUUAUUACGACAUCACGAAAGACAAGUUAUUUGUGACGCGCGCGAUUUCGUUGGUGUGUCAGACGGCAUUUGCGACAGCUGCGGAAAUAUUUUUGACGAAUUUGUACAAAUGUCUUCCACGAUCUCCGGGGCCCGGAUUGAGUUUGGAGAGUUAUGUGUACAAUAUUUUGUACGAAGUUUGCAUGCCAUCGCCCGGCAAAAGCAUCCGGAUCUAUUUGCCGCCCGAACAACCUCAUUUACCCCCCAUUCCGUGGAUUUUGCAUCAACCCGACAUCGAUGAAUUACCAUUUUUGGACUUUCCCAUCCGACAACUUUUCACCUUUUUAGACGUGCAAUCCGUACUUCAGCUCUACACGUGCGUCCUGUUGGAGCAUCAAGUCCUUUUGCGAUCCUCGGACUACCAAAAAUUGAUGAUUGUCGCCGAAUGCAUCACUUCUCUCCUUUAUCCAUUCCAAUGGCCGCACGUUUAUGCCCCAAUUUUGCCCGGAGCACUUUUUCACUUCCUCGAUGCGCCCGUUCCCUUCAUCAUGGGACUUCAUUGCGAUGCCGAAAGCUCCGUUAAAAUCGGUUCGGAAGCCACUUUGUGUUGCGUUGACUUGGAUAAACGCGUUAUUCAGUUGCCCGAAGAGCUCCCGUCGUUUCCGCAUCGACAGGAAUUCGUUGCGGAAAUUAACUCCGUGCUCGAUCGACAUCGUGUGGCACGAGAUUUGACGUCGCACGGCAACGGGAGUUCCGUUUUGUCGCCAAAACCGCGCGGAGAUAACGAUUUGAUGACCUCGAGUUGUACCUUGCCAUCGAGCGGAAUGCUAAAUCGCAAAAAAUUCUCCUACAAAAAUGGGUUUGAUGAGCGUUUUGAUCGCGGCGAGACACAAGGAUUGCUCGGAAGACCCGAAUCGCCCAAACGGGGAUACAUGUCGCGACUCGAUGAUGCCGAUUACGUCGAUUGCAUGCCCCUUUCGGUCGCGAAGCAGCAAACGCAACCGCUGGAUCAGGCGGAACAGUAUCAGGAAGACCUAAAAAUCAACAAUUCAAUCAGGGAAAUUUUUCUUAAUCGCUUUGUGCAGACCUUUGCGUCGUACGAUCAUUUUGUCAUCUUUCCAACGCAGUCACGUGAAGAAUGGCUUUCGAACAGAGAAUCAAUGCAAAAUUUUGAUAAGGCGUCGUUUUUGUCGGAACAUCCGCAACAUCAUCGUCCUUUCUUGUCACGAUUUUUGGAAUCGCAGAUGUUCGCGACGUUGAUAGAUAAUAAAAUUAUGACGUCGUUCGAUAAUAAGCUCGAAACGCUAAAUGCGCACGUUGAAAUUAUCAUUUUUGACCAAAGAAUAAGGAAUCUCAGAAAACGUUACGGCGACGAAAGUCUCAUCCGCACGAUCAACUACGAACCAUGCAUCUACGCUCGCGACACCCAAAAAAUCCUCGAAAAGCGUCUCAACAACCUCGACAUGGAAGUUACCAAACCGUGCGAAAUUUUACCUCAUCGUCCUGCAUAUUUCCGCAGCUUCCCGAUCCUCGACAAGGCAGUUCUGCUCAAAGAAUGCCCUUCAAGAGGAAAUAGUUUACGUCGAGUGAAAAAUGGCACAAAUAGUUGGAAAAUCAAAGAUAUUUCGUUGGAAUCGUCGACAGGCGUUUAUGAUGUUGGAAGACCGCCGAAUCCGUUAUCGCUGCGAAAUACGGGCAACUUGAAAAAUAACGAAGCGAGCCCGUCACUUAAGGCACAAGCUAAUUGGACUUUUAUUGAGAAACUUUUAAAGGACUGCAAAAGCAAAACAAAACGAAUGUUGGUCGAAAAAAUGGACACAGAAGCAGCAAAUAUGGGCAUCAGCUCGGAAAUUUCAAUCUCAGGCAUUGAAGAAAACACGUUAAUUGCCUCAUUAUGCGAUCUACUCGAGAAAAUUUGGUCUCACGGGCUCCAAAGUAAGCAAGGAAAGUCUGGAUUAUGGACUCACUUGAUGGCUUAUUUGGAAGUUUCGGAUUGCCAAACACGAAGUCCUGUGAGAAUCGACACAACUUAUCUCACGCCAGCUUUGGCUUGGUGUGCGAUGAAAAAUCGAAUGGAUUAUUUGGCAACUUUACAAAUGGAUUCUCCCGGAAACACGGAUUCGCUUCGAGGACGUGCCAAAAAUCGUCGUAAUUCGUGCACAGAUCAACUAAAACCGCUUCCUGAAACGUUGGAGUUCGAUAUAAAAAAUAUUUUGGCUAUCACGGACAUCAAAACGGAAAUUGGAUAUGCUCGAGCAUGGAUCCGGUUAGCACUGGAGAAGAAAAUGUUGUCGAAACACCUGAAAGUUUUGCUUUCGGAUUCGGUAAUUCUCAAGUCUUUGUACAAGAGAUCGGCGUUUUUGCGAUGCGAAGACGAAAAAGAGCAGUUUUUGGUGCAUUUGUUGACUCUGAAUGCCGUUGAUUAUUUUUGCUUUACAAAUACUUACAAUAAUUCAAAUCUUCCUUAUCGGAUUGCAAUUUUCCCCGCCAAAAAGACGGUUGUGUCAAGUAUACCGACAAACAUUUGGUUUAUAUUGUCGGGCAGCUUUGGAGAAACGCGAAAAAUUUACAUGCCAAAACAGAAUUUAGAAUUUAUAUUUCAUCAUAAGAAUUUAGGUAUAAUUACGUCACUCAGGAUAGGACAGGACAAUCCCACAUCAAAAUGGCUUCUUGAGAUGGUUGUUGUACGCAACGAAGUUACCGGAACAGUUUACAGAUUCCCGAGUGGUCGAUGGUUCGGCAGAGGCAUCGACGACGAAUCCAUUGAACGUCUUUUGAUCGCCGAAAUUGUUCCUCGCAUCGUUGAAGGCGAAAAUUCGCGUGAAAACACGUUAGAACGUCUUCGCACGCCUCCCCGAACUCGCAGCCCGAGCGUGACUCGCAUCGAAUACAAACCGGCGGAAAUUCAACACGCUUUGGGAAAUUGCGUGAAUGCGAUCGUCAAAUGGCAUUACAAACCGACCCGAGAUCGCGACACUUCUUCACUCACGAAAUUGUUGUGCGGCGAAGAUGGUCUCGUAAAAUGCUUGGAAAUGGCUUUUUUGUGUGGUUUUAAGUCGUCGCGAUUGUUCAGCAAAAAUUUGUACAUUUGGGAUUAUUUGGUGAAAGUGAAGGAGCAAUUUGAGGCACUUUUGAAUGAAUUUGACAGCGGAACGUCGAGCAGCGAAACGAGUUAUGACGAAAUUCAGAUCGUUAAUGCGACAAUGUGGCGCGUUUAUUGCCAUUUAAUGAACGAAAUUAACAGUGUGACACAAACUUUGGGGAAAGAUGGGAAAUUUCAAUUAUUUGUUUGCUUGAGCUUGAGGGAACACAUUUUACAUCGCGUUCUCGUACCAAUGAGCGCAACAAAAGCCACACAAGAAAUGUACGAAGAAGAAAGUUUCUUACGAAAACGAAAUUUGCUGACAUUUUUGCGACAAAUCCUCGAACCACUCGACGAAUUUCACAUCGUACUCGAAAAUUCAAUUACUCAAGGAAUUCCAUCGCAUUGUUAAAGAAUCUCAAAAAAAUUAAAAAUUAGCUUGUAAGUCCUUUUAACUCAGAAAUUCCCAAAAAAAAAGAGGAAUUCAGGGAUCACAGGAUCAAAAAACGAAACCAAAGUCACAAUUUUGCAAUAAUAUUAUCUGUGGUUGUUUAUGAAAAAAAAAUUAUAAUUUUAAAAAAGAAUCAAUUUCUUGCCAUCAUCUUUCAAAUAUUUACUAUAAGGUGCUUGUUUGAAUUUUUCGUCGUCCUAAUAUAGAAAAUUAUCCUUGCCAAAGAGAUUUUUAUUUUGUUUUAUUUUUUUAUUAUUUUUUUGUUCAUAAGAGAAAAAUAUAUUUAAGAAGAUAGU